AUGGUCUCCUCUCCCGCCGUCUUUGUCCUCUCCCUUCUCCUCGCCUCCCAAUCCGCCUUCGCCGCCAAAGCUACCGCCCCUCCGGGGCGUCAUCGACACCCUCGAGGCUUCCGGCAGGCCCUUGAAGAGCGAGAACUUGAUGAGAGGCUGUUGCCUAUCACGGCGACGACGACUAUCGUGGUUCCCAUGACGGCUACUCAUACUGUUUGGGUAAACCCGACCGGUGGCCAGGUUGUUUUUGGCGAUGGCGGUGAUGAUGAGGUAUCGAGCUCGGGCAGUGUUGUUUCGUCGGCGAGCGAGAGCUCUGUUUCCUCUUCCUACACCGAGUCAAGCACGGAGCCGACUGCCUCGGCAUCCUCUGCCUCCCUGUCAUCAUCCGAAUCCCUUUCCUCCGCCUCUGAAACCCUUUCGGCCUCAUCCUCUCUUUCCGAAUCUUCUACUGCUUCCGCCUUUGUUGGCGCAGCCACAAAUUAUUCCUCCAUCGCCGAGCCCACCGCAUCCAGCUCUUCUUCUCUCUCUCCUUCGGCAUCCGCCACAGAGACUAUCACCUCAUCCUCCAUUGAACCCUCCUCUACACAGGCGUCGACAAAUUCGAGCUCUUCUUAUCAAGAACCGAGCUCUUCGUCGGCUAGUGCGCCCAACAGCACCGUCCUGUCUGAGGCUGAGAGUUCUGCGACCGAGACUGCUAGUUCCAGUGCGUUUGUGACGGCCAGUGAAAGCGAGAGCACGGGUGCACCCUCUGCGAACGAGACCAGCUCUAGCUCUAGCAGUACGAUUUCCGAGGAGCAGUCGGCUACCCUCACCGACUCCUCUUCUUCCUCCGCGCUGCCUACCGAGUCUGCUUCUCAAUCCGCCAACUCGUCCAGCGGGGCUGUCUUGGCUGGCGCUCCCAACUCUUCUACCGCUUUCGAGCCCUCGGCUACCCUCUCUGAGGUCUUGAACAGCUCUGCGUCCGCUAGCGAGACUGCCUCUGCCUCCAACUCGAGUCUUGAGACUACCGCUUCUGCUACUGAAAGCGCCACGUCUUCUUCUUCUGGCUGGUGGUGGUGGCCUACGGCUUCAUCCUCUGCUUCCGCCUCCGAGACCAACUCUACUUCGGCGAGCGCUUCUCAGACUGAGUCUGCGUCCGAGUCUUUGAGUACUUCUGAGAUCAACUCUACCUCAGCGACUGUUUCCCAGACCCAGUCUUCUUCCGAGUCUUUGUCUAGCAAUGUGUCGUCUACGGCUACAGAGUCGGCUACCGACUCUUGGUCCGAGUCUAUCUCUUCCACUCCUACCGCCUCUGCGACUCAGUCCAGCUCCUCUACUGCCAACGCCUCCUCUACAGCGUCCUCCUCUUCUUCCGCUUCCUCCUCCACCUCUACCCUCGGUACCAACCUCAUGCUCGGAUACUACCCCGACUGGGCGACCAACAUCACCCCCGAAGACGUCGAUUGGGACAGAUUCGACAUGCUCGACUUUGCUUUCGCCGUGCCCGACUCGGCUGGUGGCUUGACUUGGGACGAUGACAGUGCUACCGACACUCUCACCAGGCUUGUCACCUCUGCGCAUAGCGCCGGCAAGAAGGUCAAGCUGUCUGUUGGUGGAUGGACCGGAUCAGCCUACUUUUCCACCCUCACCGCGAGUGACUCUUUGCGAGCCACCUUUGUCUCCAACAUCUUGGACUUGUACGACGAGUACGACCUUGAUGGUAUCGAUAUCGACUGGGAGUACCCCGGUACGGGUGGUGCAGACGGUAACGCCGUGUCCUCCGACGACUCUGCCAACUUCCUUACGUUCCUCAGGGACUUGAGGGCAGCUUUGCCGAGCGGGGCGAUCAUCACUACUGCUACGCAGGUGUGGCCUUUCGCCGAUACCGACGGAAACCCCAUGACGGAUGUGACCGCGUUUGCCGAGGUGAUUGAUUGGAUUUUGAUCAUGAACUACGACGUUUGGGGUUCUUCCACCACUCCCGGUCCCAACGCUCCUCUCUCCGACGGGUGCAGCAACUCUACUCAGCCGCUGGCGAAUGCCUACGCUGCCGUGUCUUCUUGGACCUCCGCCGGUAUGCCCGCCGACCAGAUCACUCUUGGUGUCCCCGCAUACGGUUACCUCCAAGACUCAACCGCCUCUUCUCUUAUUCAACGUCGAUCCGUCGACACCACCCAAUCUCUUCCUCACAGGCGUCACGCCAUGAGCCUCAAGAACAAACACCGAAAGCGACCCAGCGAUGUCACCGUCACGAACGAGGAUGGCGGUAUCAGUGACGGGCAGGUCAUGUGGUACAGUCUUCUCUCGCAAGGGGCGCUCACGUUGGUGGAUGGAUCGUAUGUUGGUGACGGAGGGUUCACUAGGCACUGGGAUAGCUGCUCUAGCACUCCCUGGCUCAAGUCGAGCUCCUCCGGGCAGAUCAUCACAUACGACGAUCCCGAGUCCAUGAACCUCAAGGCUCAGUUCGCUGUCCAAGCAGGUCUCAGGGGUUGCAACGUUUUCUCUAUCGAUGGUGACUACACAGGCUCCGCCUGGCCUUUGACCGAUAGUGUUCGAAGUGGUAUGGGGUUGUAG